AUGGCCCCAGGAGAAGCCAAACGCACCCCUGCGAUCCCUAGACGUUCGGCUAGCGUUAUUGUGGUGAACCCACAAAACGAAAUAUUGCUCGUCCAUCGGAACCCUAAGUCACAGUCCUUCGCAGGUGCACACGUAUUCCCAGGCGGAAAUUAUGAUUCGCAGCAGGAUGAUAGUCUCGAGAUAACCGCUAUCAGAGAGCUUUUUGAAGAAGCGGGAUUGCUGCUCGCGUCGUCUGCUUCGCUCAAGCUGCCGAGCGACACUGAGCUCGACGAGGCCCGGGAGGCUAUCCAUUCUCAACGACGACUAUUUCGGGAUUUUCUCUCCCACCACAGUUUGACUGCAGACGUCUCGUCUCUCCUGCCGUUCACACAGUGGGUCACUCCGCCCACGAUACCAAGACGAUUUCGCACGCAGUUCUACGUCGCGUUCCUCCAAAGCGCACCCUCCACCGGCUUCUCCGCGGGAGGUAAGCAAGAGCGGCUCCCUACCCCAGACGGCGGACAAGAAGUCAUCGCCGCGCGGUUCGUGCACCCGCGCACCGCGCUCGAGGAGAGCCGCACGCAGCGCAUCGUGCUGAUGCCCCCGCAGAUGUACCUUCUCAGCACACUCGCUGACAUCCUGCAGGGUGGCGAGAAUACCCUGGCACAGCGCGAGCGUGUCGGUGCGCUCUCACGCGGCCUGUUUGGCAGGAUGGUCGUCAAUCCGCGUCCGCUUCCUGAGCGUGACCCUGAAGGCCGCACGAUCUUGACGUACGAAGGCGACGAGACGCGUGGAGGGAAACCGGGGCGCCUACACAGGUGCCAUGCGAAGUUUGGACCAGGAGGGACCGCAACGGAAGUUGUGAUACAACGUAACUUCGACAUAUUUACGGGGAUUGAGGGGCACUUGUUUGAGGCGGAAACAGCGAAACUCUGA